ACCUCCGGAUCCAACUUCGCAGAAGUGAAUAUCUUCAUAUUUGAAAGACGGUUAAGACCAAGUCAAAGUUAGCUUCAUUAACGGUUAUCUCCAACAAACCCACCACUUCCAUAAUCCAUCUCUCUCUCCACCGUCUCUCCCAUUUCACACGGUAACUACCUCCUCACAACACUCUUCAAAACUAAAUCUAAUAAAGUCCAACCCAAGUAAUCAGAUUUCUCUCUAAUCAGCUCAGGCGCUCUUCAGCUUCAAAGAAAAAACAAUGGCCACCUCUCAAUUCUUGUUAUGCUUAAUCCUCCUUUCUUCCACCCAAUUCUUCUCGGUGUAUUCACAUGAAUUCGAAGUCGGUGAUAACAAAGGUUGGGCUGUUCCUUCCUCCAAGAAUGAUGAUUUUUAUAAUGAUUGGGCUUCGAAACAGCGAUUCCUAGUCAACGACUCCAUCGAUUUCAAGUACAAUAAGGAUUCAGUGAUGGUAGUGACUGCUGACGAGUACGUGAAAUGUCAUUCUUCACAUCCAAUCUUUUUCUCCAACACUGGCAACACUACCUAUAGGUUUGAUCAUCCAGGCUUGUUUUACUUCAUCAGUGGUGUCUCUGGCCACUGCGCGAAAGGACAGAGGUUGAUCAUUAAGGUGUUGGAGUCGCAUAUUUCUCCCCCACCAGCCAGCCAGAAUGGGACUGGUGGGUCCUCUGCAGGGUCCAACGGUGCAGUUAACGUGGCAGCUCCCUUUGCUGCUCCACUCGUAAUGUCUGCUUUGGUUGCAUUUUUAAUUAGGUUCUUCUAAGUCCCCCCCCCCUCUUUAGAUCUCUUUUUAGUCUUAGCAGCAACAUUUAGGCUAGGUGUCUCCAUGACCACAUUUUUUUUCAAUUUUUUAAGAAUAGUUGGGUGAUUACACCUUCUACUAGGAAUCAGGAACAAUAUUGCUUCAUUUUACAUGUUCAGAUUUUAUUUCUCUCUC